AUGAAGCGCAACGGUGCCAGGCUAAAUUUGGCUAAAGUCAACAGCACCAAGUCGGGCAGCACAAAAGCAAGGGAUUUAAUGUACAGAAUGGCAGUUUUACCAGAAUGGCAUAGUUUAUAUCCUAAUACCCGGAAGAUGCCAUGUUCCCGUCCCCAAUCCUCACCAUGCAAAGGGCAAAGGACUGGCUUCCAAGAUUUAUGCAGACCCUCUUCAUCAACCACCGUUAUUGCCAACCCAGUUCUGUCCUUCUUAGACAUUGAACGGAUUUUAUCUCAAAAGCUUUCCAGCAAAAGGGAUGAAAUAAAAAAAGUCUUCCAGAUACUCGACCCGAACCACAAGCAGACGGUGACUAAGGCCGAGCUGAAACGCACCAUCACCACUUUCCUCAUGCCGCUCACCAAAGACCAGUUCCAGGACCUGCUGGCCCAGAUCCCGAUCACCAGCUUGGGUAAUGUGCCAUACCUUGAAUUCCUCUCCAGGUACGGUGGACUUGAUAUAAACAUCAAUGGUAUAAAGAGGGUAAAUGAAAACGAGGUAGAUAACAGACGAACACUCAGAGAAGUCCAACUUGCUGAAAAGAUCUUCCGGAACAUGAGGACCAUCCGGAAAGUCUUCCAGCUCAUCGAUGCCAAUAACACAGGCACGGUGCCGUCCCAGGAGCUGAGGCGGGUUCUGGAGACAUUCUGCCUGAAGAUGAAGGAUGAGGAUUAUGAGGCGUUCUUGAAACAGUACAGCAUCGACAACACCACCGCUGUGGAUUACAAUGCUUUCCUGAAGAAUCUCAGUGUUAAAAAUGAUGCCAACUUUAAAUACCUACUGUCCAAUACAGCUGAACCCUCAAGGGAGAAUCAACAAGCCAAAAAUGGCAAGAGGCUGCUCGACACUGUAUCAUCUGAGGAUGUCUGGAAGAACUACUCCUUAGAUGACCUGGAGAAGACCUUUUGCCAAGAGUUUUCAAAGUCGUAUGAAAAGAUCGAGAAAGCCCUGAGCGCAGGAGACCCCUCCAAAGGUGGCUACAUCUCUCUGAAUUACCUGAAGGUUGUCCUUGAUACCUUCGUGUACCGGCUACCGAGGAGGAUUUUUAUCCAGUUAAUGAGAAGACUUGGACUUAAAGCCACCACGAAAGUCAACUGGAAGCAGUUUCUAACAGCAGUUUAUGAGCGGCAGGGGGUCGAAGUCAGUAAGAUAAUUCCCCUGAAGAAAAGAAGCAGCACUGAAGCUAGAAGCCGGUCUCGUAAGGAAAAUGUCAUCAAGAAGUUAUUCAGGCACUCAGAGGAGCGAUCCAUAGCCCUGAAGAAGACCUUACUAAUAAUCAGUUCGACGCCCAGCGGACACAUAACUUGGGAGGAACUGCGCCACAUUCUGAACUGCAUGGUUGCCAAGUUAAACGACUCGGAAUUCAGUGAACUGAAGCAGGCGUUUGACCCCGAGGGCACUGGAGCAGUGAGGGUCAACUCCUUACUGGACUUGCUGGAUGACAGCACGAAGGUGAGAAAAAUGUCCCCUUCUACAGACACCAAGACGCCUCUGCCUGUGGCUUGGGAUUCAGUAGAAGAAUUAGUGUUUGACACCAUCACCAGGAACCUCCAGGCCUUUUACGGCAUGAUGCAGUCCUAUGACCUUGGGGACACGGGGGCUAUAGCAAGAAAUAACUUCAAGAAAGUCAUGCGUGUCUUCUGCCCAUAUCUAUCGAGCGAGCACUUAGUAAGACUCUCCAAUAAGUUCCAAGAAGCAGUCUCAGGAAGGAUCCAGUACAAGAAGUUUCUGUUAUCCAUCGGCAUCGGUAUCCCGUCACCUACACCCUCGCUUUCUCCUCCGAAGGGUCAGCAAAGCGAUCCGUUUCAAACGGAGGAGCCAGGCCAGCAGGAUGAGAGAACCCAGCCCUUGAGGGACAAAACCACGGAGAUCAAGAACAUGACCAAGGAAGAAGUCAUCGAUAGUCUCAAGCACCGGAUCCAGCAGAAGGACCCGGUAUUCAGAAAGCAAUUUCUUAGCAUCAGCAAGGAGCCGGAUGUAAAGAUCGACCAGGGGGAAUUCCGGAAGGUCCUGGAGAGAAGUGGAAUGCCUAUGAAUGACUGUCAGUAUGCAAUGCUGGCUAACAAGUUAGGCUUCAAGAACGACGGAGGCAUGAGCUACCAGGACUUCACCAUGGGAUUUGAAGACUCUAUGCUGAGUGGACUGGAAACCGUUCCACUGCAGUCACGCACAGCCUCAAGAACAAACAUGGACGAGCAUUUCAUAUCUGCUGAUGAAUGCCUGAGAAUUUUCCCCAAGAAACUGAAGGAGUCGUUCCGGGACACCUACUCCGCCUUCUUCAGAAUAGACACCGACAGGGAUGGCAUAAUCAGCAUGCACGAUCUUCACAGAUUGCUGCAGUACCUACUGAUCAACAUGACGGACCUCGAGUUUGAGCGCUUCCUCAGCCUCCUGGGCCUGAGACUUAGUGUCACUCUAAACUUCCGAGAGUUUCAGAACCUGUGUGAGAAGAGACCCUGGAAAUCAGAUGAGGCACCUCAAAGGCUCAUUAGAUGUAAACAGAAAGUUGCAGAUUCGGAGCUAGCCUGUGAGCAGGCUCAUCAAUACCUCAUCAUGAAAGCCAAAACCAGAUGGGCAGACCUGUCCAAGAAUUUCAUAGAAACGGAUAACGAGGGCAACGGUAUCCUCCGGCGAAGGGACAUUAAGAACUCACUGUAUGGCUUUGACAUCCCCCUCACCCCAAGAGAAUUCGAGAAGCUUUGGCAAAACUAUGACACCGAGGGAAGGGGUUAUAUCACGUACCAAGAGUUCCUGCACAGACUGGGCAUUCGAUAUUCCCCGAAGGUCCACCGGCCCUACAAGGAAGACUAUUUCAACUUCCUGGGUCACUUCACGAAGCCCAAGCAGGUCCAGGAGGAAAUCCAGGAGUUGCAGCAGAUCAGUGACAGGGAGAAACUCAUGGAACAUUAUGAGGAGAUCACCAAGGCAUUCAGCGCAAUGGACAGAUCCAAGCCGGCCCCCCUCUGCAGGGUGCAGAAGGUGCUGCAGGAAUGUGGGUGUCCCCUGAAGGAGGAGGAGCUCAUCAACCUUCUGAAGAGCUUGGACGUCGGUGUGCAUAGCAAUUACAUCGACCCGGUGGAGUUCUUGAGAGCACUUGAGAUCAGCUGGACCAGCAAAGCUCGCCCAAAGGAGAAGGAAGAGAGCUCGCCCAUCAACUUCUCUAGGCUGACCCCAGACGAGGUGAUGAAGAGUAUGCAGGAGGUGGUGGAGACCUCCCAGCCUGCUUUGCUAAAGGCGUUCUCUGCACUGGAUAAAGAGGACACAGGGUUCGUGAAGGCUAUGGAAUUUGGAGAUGUCCUGAAGAGCGUGUGCCAGAAGCUAACAGAUAACCAAUACCAUUACUUCUUGAGGAGAUUAAGACUUCACCUUUCACCCAACAUACACUGGAAAUACUUCGUGGAGAACUUCAACUCCUUCUCGGACGAGACCGCCGACGAGUGGGCAGAGAACAUGCCCAAGGUCCCGCCCCCCACAUCUCCCAAAGAAUCAUCCAACAGAGACAUCUUGGCACGAGUGCAAAAGGCAGUAGCAUCCCACUACCACACCAUCGCCCAGGAGUUUGAGAACUUCGACACCCUGAAAAGCAACACAGUCUCCAGAGAUGAGUUCAGAUCCAUCUGCACCCGCCACGUACAGAUCCUGACGGACGAGCAGUUUGACAGACUGUGGAGCGAGAUGCCUGUCAACGCCAAGGGGAGGCUCAAGUACCAGGACUUCCUCAACAAGCUGAGCACCGAGAGGGCGCCCUCGCCGCCCAUGGCCGCCGGCGACUCUGGAGAAUCGACCGUUGCCCAGCGGGGAAGCAGCGCCCCUGAGGUCUCCCAAGGGACCAGGUCCACCCUCUGCUCUCCUCGGGACCCCAGAGCGGGGUUAAAAUCACGGAGCCACCCCUGUACCCCAGUGGGCACCCCACCCCUACAGAACUGUGAACCCAUCGAGAGCAGGCUCCGCAAACAGAUCCAGGGCUGCUGGCGGGAGCUGCUGAGGGAUUGUAAGGAGAAAGACACGGACAAGCAGGGGAGCAUCUCGGCAGCAGAGUUCCUGGCGCUCGUGGAGAAGUUCAAGCUGGAUAUCAGCAGGGAAGAGAGCCAGCAGCUCAUCGUCAAGUACGACCUCAAGAACAACGGCAAGUUCGCCUACUGCGACUUCAUCCAGAGCUGCGUCCUGCUGCUGAAGGCCAAGGAGACCUCUCUGAUGCGGAGGAUGAGGAUCCAGAAUGCAGACAAGAUGAAAGAAGCUGGUGUGGAGACACCGUCCUUUUACUCAGCCUUGCUACGGAUCCAGCCUAAGAUCGUUCACUGCUGGAGGCCCAUGCGGCGCACUUUCAAGACCUAUGACGUGAAUGGAACAGGACUCCUGAGUGUGGCUGACUUUAGGAAGGUGCUGCGGCAAUACAGCAUCAACCUGUCGGAGGAGGAGUUCUUCCACGUGCUCGAGUACUAUGACAAGUCGCUCUCUUCGAAGAUCUCCUACAACGACUUCCUGCGCGCCUUCCUGCAGUAGGCAUCCAGGCGGGGCAGCACUGGGGACAGAUGGGGCAUCAGGGUCUGUCCCCAAGACUAGUAAAACCAGACCUUGGAGGGCUUUAGUGAAACUCCCCAGAGCUGCUUCAGAACCUAACCCUACCCCAUCACCAGCCUCCCAGGACGUGCAGGCUCCUGCUCUAACCCUCACUGAGGCCUCUCCAGGCGACCACAGGGCGGCCGCUGGCCUCGGGCGCUCUGACUCAUUAGUUUGAGCAAAUAAAAUAGUCUUUGUGGGAAUGACUCUUGAGACUUUUAAAAGAACUACGACUAAUAAAAUGUUUUUAAAACUUGG